AUGGAAAUCUGCGAAGGAAGCGGUCGUGCUCUGGUUCGGUUCCUAGUCCGUGAUGCAGCUCCUUUGAACGAACAACUAAUGCUAUGUGACUCUGUGCCCACUUGGAUUCGAGAUAUUGUGGUUGACCGCCGGUUCCCCAAAUCCGUCCGUAUAGAGUUCUUCCUGUUACCGGGGGUCCGCGAGUACAACGAGAAAGGUCAAUGGUGA